CACACACACACACACACACACACGGCUCCCACUCUCUCUCUAUCUCUCUAGCACACCCACACCUCACACACCUCCGUCUCCUCCCCAACGCCAUGGUGGUGGUGACCGCCUGAUGUGAUCAGCUGCUGGGAUGAUGUCAUCGUGUGUCCUGGUGUCUGAUUGGUUGGCGGGCCUGCGUCUGGAGCAGUAUGCCGGCGCGUUCCGUGCGCGGGGGCUGGUCGCCGUGGGCGACUGCGUGGGGCUGAGCAACGAGGCACUGGAGGAGAUGGGCGUCAGCCUCCCGGGCCACCGCAAGCGUAUCCUAGGCAACCUGCCGCUAGGCAACCUGAUGCUAGGCAGCCACCCGCUGGACGAAGACAUGCCGGGGCACUCCAACGAGACCCACUACGCCACACCUGUCCCCAAGGUCAGGACCAAGCUGGGAUUGGCUGUUGGCACUGGCGACGCCCCUCCCAUCACCCCCAGCCAUGCCCCUCCCAUCCCGCCACGCAUCUCCCACGGCAGACCCCCCCACAACUUUACCACACCAGUCAUCGACACCUCGGCAACCAACGCCCCGGCAACCGUUGCUAUGUCCGGCGCUCCUGGGAAGCCCACUCCAGCCCCCAGGCCACGCCUCCAGGAUCCCACCAACAAGGACGCUCGUACAGGACAUGGGACCGCCCACCCUCCUUCCCUCUCCACGACUCUCUCUCCUUCCAUCCCUCCAUCCAUCUCUCCCUCUCCUUCUCCCUCUCCCUCUCGCUCUCCCUCUUUCACUAUGCCAUCCUGCCUACCCCCUCCUCUCUCUCCCUCUCUCUCUACCGCCCUCCCUCUCUCUCCACACCCAUCUCUCUCUCCGUCCCUCUCUCCCUCUCUGCACUCCUCCUCCUCUCCUCCACCGCUCCCUCGUACUCUCUCUGCGUCGGAGCUGUAUGAAUAUGCUGCCAGUCAGCUGCCCCCGCUCCCUCCCAAAUGCUUCGCUCUACCUGGCGAGCCACUCACACACACCCCCUCACCACUCACUCACACCCUUACAAACACCCCCGCACUCUCACACACUCCCCCCGUGCACAAACGCACUCCCCCCGCUAUCCCACGUCGACCCCCCGCACCGCCUCAACGACCCCCCAGGACCACGCCCCCCAGCAGGCACCAGGGUCUGGGUGACCUUCGAAUUCUCCCUGCUCCCAAGCCAAAAUGCUGA